AUGGGGAACCGCAGCGCGGCGGACGCCGACGGGCUGCUGGCGGGGCGCGGGCCGGGAACCGGCGGCGCCGCGGGGUCUUCCGGAGCGGCGGCGGCGCUGGCGGGGGGCGUGCUGCUCAUCGGCGCGGUGCUCGCGGGGAACGCGCUCGUGUGCGUCAGCGUGGCGGCCGAGCGCGCCCUGCAGACGCCCACCAACUACUUCAUCGUGAGCCUGGCGGCCGCCGACCUCCUCCUUGCCCUGCUCGUGCUGCCCCUCUUCGUCUACUCCGAGGUCCAGGGUGGCGUGUGGCUGUUCAGCCCCGGCCUCUGCGACGCUCUCAUGGCCAUGGACGUCAUGCUGUGCACGGCCUCCAUCUUCAACCUGUGCGCCAUCAGCGCGGACAGGUUCGUGGCCGUGGCCGUGCCGCUGAGCUACAACCGCCAGAGCGGCGGCGGACGUCAGCUGCUGCUCAUCGGCGCCACGUGGCUGCUGUCGGCCGCGGUGGCUGCGCCUGUGCUGUGCGGCCUCAACGACGCGCGCGGCCGCGACCCCGCCGUGUGCCGCCUGGAGGACCGCGACUACGUGGUCUACUCUUCCGUGUGCUCCUUCUUCCUGCCCUGCCCGCUCAUGCUGCUGCUCUACUGGGCCACGUUCCGGGGCCUGCGGCGCUGGGAGGCCGCCCGUCGCGCCAAGCUGCACGGCCGCCGGCCGCGCCGGCCCAGCGGCCCCGGCCCGCCGCCCCCCGAGGCCGUCGAGACCCCCGAGGCCAUCCCGACCCCCGACGCCACUCCGGCCGAGCCCCCGCUGCCGGCGAGCGAGGAGAGGCGCGCCAAGAUCACGGGCCGCGAGCGCAAGGCCAUGAGGGUCCUGCCCGUGGUGGUCGGGGCCUUCCUGGUGUGCUGGACGCCCUUCUUCGUAGUGCACAUCACCGGGGCGCUGUGUCCCGCCUGCGCCGUGCCUCCGCGGCUGGUCAGCGCCGUCACCUGGCUGGGCUACGUCAACAGCGCCCUCAACCCCCUCAUCUACACGGUCUUCAACGCCGAGUUCCGCGCGGUCUUCCGCAAGGCCCUUCGCCUCUGCUGCUGAGCAGCCCCCAGCCCGCACCCGAGAGUCCUCCGCGGGGACCUGGCGG